AUGUUACAAACACCCGCAAAAUGGUGUUUUCUUUGUAGUCGGGUCUAUAAUAAUAACAAUCCACGAUAUUUGUCUUUUUCUUGGUCUUAUAAAAAUGCAUUUUUUGUGUCAUGUCGUGGAUUAAGCACCGCAUUUCCAAAAGAGAAAAAUAUUUCAGAUGCCAUAAGAAGUCGCCGGAAAAGAAAGGUAAACAAUACUCGCCGUCCUGUCUCUUUUAAUGUAGCCGGCUCUAUUUAUUCCUCGCAUGGAAUAUCUGAUUCUGCUGCCGGCGAGGUUAACACGAAGACGACGUCGAGUGGAAUCGGUUUAAAAAGUCGUCGCCCGCAUAUCCCGUUGCAGAUGAUUAAUUUUAAAGAGAUACGUAACGAAAUGCUUUUACAGAUUCUGAAAGAUGAGGUUUUGUCCCCUACCAAAUAUUCUCUGAAACAAAUCCGCAAAUUGGAAAAUGCAUUCGUUUACAAGCUUAAAGAAUUGACCAUUCACGAAAUGUUUUCGGUUGCAAGAUGCUUCUUUCAGAUCUAUCACCGAGCACCCAAAUACCUGACAAGUUUGUUUGAAUAUAUCGACAACAAUUUCGACGAGGACCUAAGUAAAGUGAAAGCCUUAGUUGAUGCCCACAGUGAAAUUGAAAAGUCAAUCGACCGAACCCGCAGUGUGAUCGAGUACCCUGAAUCUAUAAGCGAUACAGUCGUAGGUUCCGCUUUUCUAAAAAUAUUUCCUCAGGAACUGAUUAGUUUGAUGUUAGAAGAAAAAACAGUCCGCAUCCUUCAAGGGCUUCGAGGAUUGGAGAAGAAAAUGCAAAUGCACUUUAUUCAUCAUACUGUGAAUAUCGAAUGUCCAAAUUAUUCAGGACCCAAACUCAAACAGUUUAUGGUGGAGCAGUUUGAAUUAAAAAACAGAGAAAGAUCUGUUCAAUUUGAAUUGGAUACACGUCCUGGCUUGCUCACUCUUUUCCAAGAACUUACGUCAAUUCUUGGUGAAAAGAAAGUUCAUUGCCAUAUGAUACUACCUCACUUUACAACAGCAGACAUUGAAAUCCAUCUUGAUGCUAAUAAUCAGCCACUGUCAUUUGUACCAGAAACAAUAAGCACUGAGUCUAAGGAAUCAUAUUCCUGGAAGACCCAACAGGAAGUGACUUUUACUCUCUUGCAAAUGCUUCAAAAUCCAUUGCAAAAUCUGUCAUCCAUUUCUAGUGCCCCACAGAUUUCUCGAAGAAUUGCUAUCGAAGUAUGUGGACGUAACCAGUGUGCUCUGAAUCAAAAUCGCUGGUUACUAGGGAUUUAUCGUACCAAACUCCGUCAGCUUUCAGCAGUGGGCUAUGAAGUUUUGUUGUUCAUGCCUGAAGACAUUGCAGAGUUGAAAAAUGAGAUUUGUUCAGAAAAAAGGAAGGAAUGGGUUUUGCAGAAAGUUAUUCAAAAACUCAACAUAAAUUGUGGCAUCCAGAAUCAAUGA